GUGUUUAAUCCGAAGAACUUCAGACAUCCUCUCCAAAUACCUGCCAGUGAAGAUUGAGCAGGUGGUCUGCUGCAGGCUGACACCUCUGCAAGCUGAGCUGUAUAAGAACUUCCUGAAGCAAGCCAAGCCAGUGGAGGAGCUGAAGGAGGGCAAAAUCAGUGUGUCAUCUCUCUCCUCCAUCACUUCCCUGAAGAAGCUUUGCAAUCACCCUGCUCUUAUCCAUGAUAAAUGUGUGGAAGAGGAAGAAGGUUUUAUGGGAGCCCUGGACUUGUUCCCUGCUGGCUACAGCACCAAAUCUGUGGAGCCCCAGCUUUCAGGAAAGAUGCUGGUUUUGGACUACAUCCUUGCUGUUACAAAAAGCACCAGUAACGACAAGGUGGUUUUAGUGUCUAACUACACUCAGACACUGGACCUAUUUGAGAAGCUCUGCAGGAACAGAAGGUAUUUAUAUGUCCGGCUGGAUGGCACCAUGUCCAUUAAAAAGAGAGCGAAGAUUGUGGAGCGAUUCAACAGCCCCUCGAGCCCUGAAUUUAUCUUCAUGUUAAGCAGCAAAGCAGGUGGCUGCGGUUUGAAUUUGAUCGGGGCUAACAGACUGGUUAUGUUUGACCCAGACUGGAAUCCAGCUAAUGAUGAGCAGGCCAUGGCUCGUGUGUGGCGGGAUGGCCAGAAGAAGACAUGCUACAUCUAUCGACUGCUUUCAACAGGGACCAUAGAGGAGAAGAUAUUCCAACGCCAGACCCACAAGAAGGCCCUCAGCAGCUGCGUGGUGGAUGAAGAGCAGGAUGUAGAAAGGCACUUCUCACUUGGGGAGCUGAAGGAGCUCUUCACACUGAAUGAGACCACCACCAGUGACACCCAUGACAAGAUCAAGUGUCGUCGCUGUGUGAACGGCCACCAGGUACGGCCCCCUCCUGAAGGGUCCGACUGUACCUCCGACCUCUCCCAGUGGAACCACUGUGCCGAUAAGCGGGGGCUGCAGGACUCCGUGCUGAAGGCUGCAUGGGAUGCUGCCGUCACCUUCACCUUUCAUCAUCACUCCCAUGAGGAGCAGCGAGGGAUUCCCUGACAGGUUACUGUCCCCUGUGGGGGCAAGGGCAGGCUGCUGUGGCAGUCCACCCUGCUUUAAUCCCUUUCAAGGAAAGGGGCAGUAUGUGCUGGAUUGUUGUGUGGCUGUGGAUUAGCAGGGCAGCAUGGUUUCGGAGAGGCUGGAAGGCCCUUAGCAUUGGUCAGUCUACUGCAACAGCAAGGAGUCCAUGGCUUUUUCUCUGCUGUUGUAUUGUGUGCCUGAAAAACAGCUCUUUGGGAACUGGGAAUAACUGGACCCUGUGUACUUAAUCAGAUUCAG